AUGCCAUAUACACCAGAGCAAAAUGGAUCUAGUGAACGAGAAAAUCGAACACUCGUAGAAGCUGCUCGUACUAUGAUGCAUGCUCACGAACAACUGCCACUUGCCUGUUGGUCAGAGCUUGUUAACACGGCUGCGUACUGUUACAACCCCUGCAUGUACCCUAAGUCGCUGACGCAUCCCAGCAUAUCCUUUAUCCCAAGUCAGCACUUUUGCCAAGCCUCGACACCGUCGCUUCCCCGCCAGUCAGUCCUAUUCCAAUCUCCGCUCCGAAUAUACGUGUCAAUAUCAUAA